AUGUUUGUUACAGAUAUAAAGUAUGCAAGUAAGAGAGAUUAUUUAACUAUGGAAGGUAUAUAUCAGAUAAAGUUGGUACCGAGUGAUCUGAGUGUAGAGGAGACGAUUCUGCAAAUAGUAGAUACUUUGGAUAAUCUCAACGGUAUUGUAGACGACGUGUUUGCACGACUCACGAUGAGAAUCGAGCAGAACACAGAUAAGACAAGAAAACUGUACGAACGAAUUGAAGCAUCUAGAUUUAAAGUAGACAAAUUGACUGGUAUGCAGAAGGCAAUCAAGGUGUUCUCGAGUGCGAAGUACCCGGCCUCGAUAACCCAUGAACAUUACCAAUCAACUUUUAACCAAGACAAAUAUGAGCACAAACCUAAAAAAGUAACUCUGAAAGGAAAGACUCAGGGGCAGCCUGGUGAGAACGAAUUACAGGAGAAGCUGCACUUCUAUCACGUGAAGGUAGCAGAGCCUCCAAAGCAGAUACCCAAACAGGACUUCAAUUUAAACUCAGUGCUAGGUAACCUAUCCAGUGUAGGCGACCUACUGAUCUUUAACACAGACGAAAGUCCUUAUCUCGGUACCACAAGAAGGGCGUCGGCAUAUGUCCCAUUUGUGCAAACAAAAGUCGAGAAUAAGAGCUUACUGGAAGCAGCACCAUCAUCUAUUAUGACCAGAGAUGAAUUGAAAAGAGAUGCUGAUGAAUACCUUUAUGCACCUGGAAUGGGAAUUGUACCCGAGCUGGAGAUGCCACUUGACCUACCUCAUUUGCCGGGCAUAGCGGGCGACGUACAAUACUCAAUUACGAGCGAUGGUUCGAUUGCACCAUCAGUCGUCACCUCCCCAGUAGCGGCAGUCAUGGCUGUACCGGAAACAGAGUUACCUGAUUUAAAAGAACUACCAGAUUUGAAAGUAGAACACGAUAUACCGAUGCCUGAUAUGCCGGAUGCGCCACCACCUCCUGCGCCGUCUGUGCAAGCUUUGCCACCACCGCCGCCCUUAAGUGGUCCUCCGCCGCCCUUAAGCGGUCCUCCGAUGCCCGUAAGCGGUCCUCCGCCACCGCCUCCACCUCCGCCCCCGCCGCCACCGCCUAUAGACGUUAUUGAAACCAACAAUGCAUCAAAGAGAGAGGAGAAAAAGCUCACGUCGACGCCUAAGCCCGCGCCUGUGGUCGGCGAUGCGCAUGCCAACCUUAUGGAGGCAAUAAGAAACGCAGGGGGCGCCGGCCGAGCCAAGCUCCGAUCCGCGUCUGAGCCCACACCACACAAGGGCGCUAAAACACCGAGUGGCGGUGACUUGAUGGCUGACCUCCACGCGAAGCUGUCUAUGCGACGUCGAGGGAUCUCUGGAGCGGAACGUCAUGGAGGCUCCGUCCUUCACACUCUCGCCAGCGUUAUCCCCGAGCCUGAUCUCUCUACACCUCCGAGGUCUUUAAGUGACGACGAUUGGGAUUAA